CGGCCACGCUCGGUGCAGCAAGCGAAGCGGCCGGCCAGCAGGAGCUGCGGACGGGGCGCCCGGCGGUGCUGCAGGCGAGCAACAGUGUCUCCUGGCAAAGACAAUGUUGGCAGCAAACCUGACGGACUCCUGGUUCAGCCGCCUCGACUCGGUGGUGAGGGCUCUGAACCAGACAUUCUACCACACUGAUCCAUGCGCCCAGGAACCAAAACACAGAAAUGAAGAGGACGAGAGCUAUGCCUACAUGUACAUUCUCUUCGUGAUGAUUCUCUUUGCUAUAACAGUUGGGAGUUUGAUCUUGGGAUACACCAGAUCCCGGAAGGAAUUUGAUAAGCAGAGCGACCCGUACCACGUUUAUAUCAAGAACCGAGUGACCAUGAUAUGAGGAGAGGCACCGAGAGAGAGACUACGGCUGCUGUGGAGAUGUAUAGUGGCGCUCUCCGAAAACGGAAUAUCUUCCCUAGAUCUUUCUGGGCUCUUCCUUCAGGAACUGGGAUACCUCUUGGCAGGCUGAACGACAUGGGAGGAGACAAGGGGAAUGUGCCAAUUUUGGGGGGGGGGGCUUAAUUUUUUAAAAAACAGUUUAACGUUGAUUCCCCCCCCCCACACACACACACAAUAAAUAGGUUGCUGUUCAGGGAUGGAUCAAGAUAUUUCAGCGCUUGAACGGGGAAAUCCAAAAGACAGUCUCCUCUCAUCGCUCAGUCUGAAUGAGAAGUUCUCUUACUCAAACCCAAUUGGAAAAAAUGGGACAAAGUGAGGACAGGUUCUUGCGCUGGCCCCAUUCCCUUCACUGGGGCUUGAGCGUAUGACUGCAGACUCAUGUGUACUCAUGCACCUCGGGGAGACACAGCAGCCUGACUUUUACCUUCCACAAUAUUUGAAAAAUGGUCAACCAUAGAUGCAGGGCCAAGAUCAACAGAUGACUUGUACAUCCCAACAACAACAACAACAACAACAUUCGAUUUAUAUACCGCCCUUCCGGACAACUCAGAGCGGUUUACAAACUAUGUCAUUAUUAUCCCCACAACAAUAAUCACCCUGUGAGGUGGGUGAGGUUGAGAGAGCUCCGAGAAGCUGUGACUGGCCCAAGGUCACCCAAAUGGCUUCAAGCGAAGGAGUGGGGAAUCAAACCCGGCUCUCCAGAUUAGAGUCCGGUGCUGUUAACCACUAAACCAAACUGGCUUUCCCCUAAAUCAGACAGGCUUCAAUAAAUUAUCUGUGGAGUCUGGGGUUACAGAUGGGGUUACAUAUGAAAGGCAUCUAGAAACUUAACCUGGUUUGAAAACACAGCAGCCAGGUUAUUAACUGGGACUUGCGGUGUUAAUCAUAUCGUGCUUUUGAAGGGUGCAAUCCUGAUCUUGACCUAUGGAGCCUAAAGAGCUUGAGGUCAAGGGGUGGGCAACGCUGUUCCCCUCCCCAGUACCUUCCCAUGUUCUGGGAUUGCCAGGUGAGGGUCUGUUCCAGGUGUCCCCACCUUGGGAGUUCAGGUGUGAGGCCACCAGGGACAGGGCCUUCUCUGCUGUGGCACCCUGAUUAUGGAAUGUUCCCCCCCACCAAACACAUUUUGAUGCUGCUGACUUCGCUAUCUUUUAGGCCUGAGGUGAGAACUGUCCAAUUCCCCCAAAAGCUUUUGGUGGGAUAGAGUUAAUCGUCAGUGGGUUGGCCGCUUUCUUAAUGCUGCUGCUGACUGAACUCUACUUUGUUUUGUAUUCUGUCCUUGCAGUGUUCAGAUUCUUAUAGGCAAACUGCCUUGGAGGCCAUUGGUGUAAACAUGGGGAACACAUCUUUGUAAGAAAUAAAUAUAUAUUUAAAAAA